AUGAUGGACCUAGACGCCGGACCAGAACCCGAAACGCCGCUUCUCCUGAGCACGUCCAGCAUAGGGCGAGACCAUUCCACUUAUUACGCUUACGGCACUGCGAACUUGAAGUCCGCUUCCCCUUCCCCAUCCCCAGCCCACAGCAUCCGAUCUGGAAGUGUUUCGAGUCAUGUUGACCACCUGGAGGACAAUGCAUUACUACCAGAGACGGUCACGGCAGCACCUCAGACUAGGCGCCUCUUGGGCUGGGGCAGCGCAUACAUUCUCAUCAUCUCCCGCGUCAUUGGGAGCGGCAUCUUUGCAACACCAGGCGUUAUUAUCAGCUCAGUGGGGAGCAUUGGGUUGAGUCUUUUGCUGUGGUUUGCCGGGGCGCUGGUUAGUUGGUGUGGGCUGGCUGUGGCGCUUGAGUACGGGUGUAUGCUGCCGCGGUCUGGAGGCGACAAGGUCUAUCUCGAGUUCACCUAUCCGCGGCCGCGAUUCCUUGCAUCGGUUCUCGUAGCCGUGCAGGCAGUUCUACUCGGCUUCACGGCAAGCAACUGCAUCAUGUUUGGAGAGUAUAUGCUCUUUGCACUUGGGCGAGCCCCUGCAGAACAUGCCGUGGAGGUCAGGACGCUGGCAGUGGGCCUGAUGACUGCCAUCACUGUUAUGCAUGGCUGUUUUCUGAGGACUGGCAUACUGGUGCAGAAUAUUCUCGGUUGGGUCAAAAUCGCCCUUAUUAUCGUCAUGACCGUUGCGUCGGGGGCAGUGGUCGUUACGGCGAGAUUCAGGCCGGAUAUGAUGGACGGGUUCGGCCUCUUGACGCGCACCAGUCAGUUCCCACUGCUAACCUGGGAUGGUAUCUGGGAAGGUUCCGUCUGGCAUUGGGGAACCGUUAGUACAGCCUUUUUCAAGGUCUUCUACUCAUAUGCGGGUCUGCAGAAUGUCAACAAUGUUCUGAACGAGGUUCGGGACCCGGUGCGGACACUCCGGUCAGCAGCCACGACGGCCCUCGCCACGGCAUGUCUGCUUUACUUCCUGGUAAACAUGGCGUACUUUCUUGUCAUACCGCUAGAUGACAUCAAGAAAGGGGGUGAGUUGGUGGCAGCGAUGUUCUUUGAGAGAGUCUUUGGACCCAAUCUAGGCAACAUUCUCCUCCCCCUUGCCGUCGCCAGCUCAGCAGCAGGAAACGUGAUGGUUGUCACUUUUGCAAUGGCACGGCUCAACCAAGAAAUCGCACGCCAAGGCAUUCUCCCAUUCAGCGAAGCUCUGUCGUCUUCACGGCCGUUCGGCACUCCCCUUGGAGGCUUGAUUCUGCAUUAUAUUCCAUCGAUAGCAGUCAUCAGCAUUCCUGCAAAGAACAUCUACUCUUUCAUCCUCGACGUGGAGGGUUAUCCAGCACAGUUCUUCGUGCUUGCCACUUCACUUGGUCUAAUCUGGCUGCGUCGCACACACCCGGAUCUAAAACGGCCUUACAAAGCACUCCUGCCUGCCGUAUGGCUCAGGGUUGUUCUUUCUCUGGCUCUGCUGUGCGCUCCUUUCGUCCCUCGCCAAGGGGAAGACGCGGGUUCUCACUUAUUCAGGGUGAGCUACGCGUUAGUGGGCGUCUCCGUGUUGUUGUUUGCUGUGUUGUACUGGGCGGUCCUGGCUGUUCUGCUGCCGAGAUUGGGAGGAUAUCAGCUGGAAGAGGAAACCGAUAAUGAGCCCAGACCCAGCGUGUCCGUGGACGUUUUGGUGACAGACAUUAGCGGAGACGAAGACAAAUACACACUAGACAGCCAUGGCUUCCAACUCGUCAAGCGCGAGAGCAGCGAGAAGGAUUUUCUUGAUGAUGACAAGAUCAGGAGGGAGUACUACCCAGAGACGGAGCAGUUGCUUAAGGAUGUAACCGGAGCCACUCGAGUGUUCAUUUUCGAUCACACCAUCCGCCGCCAGAACGAUUCAAACAUUGCAAAUAAGGGCCUACGAGGUCCUGUCCGGGCUGUGCACAUUGACCAGUCUUACACCGCAUCCGUCAACAGAGUGAAGUACCACCUUCCGGACGAAGCCGAUGUGCUACUGCAAAAGCGGUUCCAGAUCAUCAACGUCUGGCGUCCCAUCAAGACCAUCCUCAAAGACCCCCUAGCCAUUGCAGACGCAAAUUCAGUCGCAGAGACCGAUCUUGUAGGUGCCGCGCUCAUCUACCCGGACCGCAAGGGCGAAACGUUUGCGGUCAAACCGAAUUCUGCACACCGCUGGUACUUCAAGUACGCCCAGCGGCCGGACGAGGUGACGCUCAUCAAGUGUUUUGACUCGGUUACCGCGCCGGGAAUUGCACGUCGUGUGCCGCACUCGGCUUUUGUUGACCCGGCUGAGGAGGAUAAGGAGACGAGAGAGAGUAUUGAGGUGCGGUGUUUGGUGUUUUAUGACUACUGA